AUGGCGCAGGCUGCAGGCGGCGACAGGUUGGUGGCGGCGGCGACGGCGGCGGCCGCACGGCAUCAGCAGGCACUGCAGCCCGCCACAUCGCAGCGCGUCCUCCAGACCGACGCCCCUUGCAUCGUCAAGACCAAGAAGCUGGUAGCCACCACGGAGGGAACCCUGUCUCUGGCACAAGGCCUGCCUGCAGGCAUCGUGCACUGGCAGCCGCCGCCGCAAGCGCUGAAGCGGGCGGCAGAGAUGGCAAAUGACCCAGCUGUUAGCGCCUAUGGGCCUGAUGAGGGCCUGCCGGCGCUGCGGGAUGCGCUGCGGCGCAAGAUACGGGAGGAAAACGGGCUGGAGGGGGUGCGUCAAGCUGCCUUCACCAACGUCGUGCUGGCCCUGCUGGACGCCUCUGACCGUGUGGUCCUCUUCAAGCCUUACUACUUCAACCACCUCAUGGCCAUACAGAUGAGCGGCGGUGGCGCCAACGUGGCGUACGGCCCACGCUACCCCGCCAGCGGCCACCCCGACCUGGACUGGCUUGCGGGGGAGCUGGCGGGGCCUGCGCCGCCCAAGAUGGUCGUCAUCACAAACCCGUGCAACCCCACCGGCGUUCUGAUGUCGGCAGAGGAGGUGGAACGUGCCGCGGAGCUGUGCGCCGCUGCGGGGGCCUGGCUGGUGCUGGACAACACUUACGAGGCACUUCACUUUGUGUACGGCGAGGGGCGGCGGCACCACUGCGUGGCAGCACCUCACGUCAUCAACCUGAGCAGCAAAACCCAGGCCUUUGGCAUGAUGGGCUGGCGCAUGGGCUACAUCGCGUACCCAGAGGCCGGCGGCGGCGGGGUGCUGGCGGGGGAGCUACUCAAGGUGCAGGACACCAUCCCCGUCUGCCCCACGCAGAUCAGCCAGUAUGUGGCGCUUGGAGCGGUGGAGGCGGGGCGGCAGUGGGUGGAGGAGCAGGUCGGGGGCCUUGCCGGCAACCGGGCCGCGCUGAUUGAUGCGCUGUCGCCGCUGGGCACCAGCAACAUAGUGGGCGGGGAGGGCGCCAUCUAUCUCUUUGCCAAGCUGCCAGACGGCUGCGAGGACGAUGAUGCGGUCGUGGAGUGGCUCGUGAGGAGGCACAAGGUCUGCCUCAUCCCCGGCAGCUCCUGCGGCCGCCCCGGCCACGUGCGCGCCGCGUAUGCCAACCUCAAGCCGCAGCUGUGCGCCGAGGCGGCGGCGCGGCUCAAGGCGGGGCUGCGGGAACUCGUGGAGGGCGGUAUGCCCGCGGUGCGGAGCUUCCUGGAGCAGCAGCAGCAGCUGCAAUGA